AACUACAACUAACCCAAAAUUGUAUAUAAAACCAACGCUUAGAACUGCUGUGGUUAGUACAAGUUUGAAAAGCAGAAGUACCUAAGGCCAUGGAGGAUUGUGAAAUAAUUGGAAUGAUUUUUGAAAUCAUUGGAGACAUGCUGUUCGGCACUGACAGCUCUUCUGAUGAUGAUUAUGACUCUUCGAGCACUUAGAAAUCAUUUAUCAUGGUGUCUAAAUGAUAAUGAAUUAUAAACUUAAUUCAUGUUAUUAAAUACAGCAGAAUAUUUAAUACUAUUAUUAACCACCAAAACAAAUGGUAUAAAUACAACAACAUUUGUUAAAGAACCUAAGUUAAAAUCAACAAUAUGGACUGUUGUGAACUGCCGGAAAUAUUUUUGGGUUUUCUCAACG